AUGCAUAAUGAGCCAUACAGCCACCCUUCGUGCCCACUCUCCUCCAGCCGUCGAUUUACGCCAUAUGACAUCCAGCCUCGGCUCACCUACAAAACGCCCCCAAUGAGACCUACGCACAAACGAACCCCGACUCAGGUCACGCUCACUAAACUCAAUUUCUUCAUCGCCCACCUCGAAUGGGUCAUUGAACCUCCCGUUAUCCCCCCUCCGCCCACGCUCCACCCAACCCCCAGAGUAUCACGCGCAAAGUCGACUGAAGAAAUCGAGCAGUCUGUUCCCUCCGUUCUCGACUCUGCCGCGUCCAUCGACGACUCGCAUGCAGAGGAACAAUGCCCGUUGAGUUACAGGAGCAGGAGUCCCAGUCCCUUGGGUUCGAGGAACAAAACUGCUGCCGGCGUACUCGUCCGUAACCUCCUUCUGAGCCCACAUGCACCGCCUACCACCAUCCCCGUCAUCGCCCCGCAUUUACCCACCCAGCUUCCAGCGAUCAGGCCUACGAUCCAGACACAGACGGAUACGGCAACGGUGACGGUGGCUUCGACGCCGUCCCUCAUCAUGCCCACUUCGGCGUAUUUCUCGACUACUUCGAUGGGUAUCUCUUCACCUUCGUCUUCUCCUACUAUGAUCACAGCGCAAGAACGCCCGCUUGCUUCGCUUCCAGAGCCUGACGAUGGUGAUGUCUGCGCGGGGGACGAAACGGAGGAUUCAGCAAAUGGCAGGGAUAAAGGGAAACGCAAAGCACAGACAAAGGGGAAGGAAGAGUCGAGGUGCGAGAAAAUUUGCGAACUUGCUUGUGGAGGGAAAGAAGGGCGCGGAUUUGGAGAAGGCUGUGAGUGGGAGGGAAUGAUGAUGGGCCAGAAAGGAAAAUCCGAGCUCUCGCCUUCAUCCUCCUCCACCAGACCCCGCCGCUCUCAAAAGACGACGAUCCCUGCUGUCGAUUCUAUCCCUCAGGUCGCCACUCACACCGAGACAACCCCAAAGCAAGAUGUUUUGCAGCCAGGCUCUACCUCCAUUCAAAUUCAAUCCGACGACCCUUCCCCCCUUCGCAUUCUCUCUCCCUCAACACUCCCGGAAUCUACAACCACUCUUCCAUCUGACGCCGCGUCGCCAGGAGACGGGGAAGCCAGCAGGAUGGGUACACCAGGCACACCAUCAUUGCGUCGUCCUCCCUACUUCAUGGAGACCUCGGCCAAGACAGCGCAGAACGUAGAGCGCCUCUUCAUGAACCUCAUUCGUGUACUACGACAACCCCGGAUAGACACCGGACACACAAAAGAGAAGAAGCUGAGCAAGUUUGUAGUCAUGUAG